AUGGCAGAGAAUUCACAGCAAUUCAGUACAAGAGAGGAUGUCCCAAUACGUAGGGUGAAUGAGGUAGAGACACCCUCUAUACAGCAGCAGUUAAAUGAGUUGACUGCGUUUGUUAGGCAACAGGCUGUGAGAAAUGCAUCACAAGCCAGGGUAUGCGGGAUUUGCACUGGUAUAGGUCACUCUGCAGACAUGUGCCCAAUGAUUCAGGAAGAAACUGCAGAACAGGUGAACAUGGCUGACCACGCGCCCGCGCCAAGGAAGCAGUACGACCCUUACUCAAGCACCUACAACCCCGGGUGGAGAGAUCAUCCCAACCUCAGUUAUGGAGGGAAUAGGCAACCCAACUUCACGCCGAACAGGCAGUCUAACUUUGUGCCGAAUAAGCCACCAGGGUACCAGCAGCAAUACCAACCCCGACCACCUCCGCCCCCUCAAUCUGGUUCAUCUACGGAGGAGAUGCUGAAACAAAUGAUGACAACCAUGGCGCAAAAUCAGCAAAGGACGGAGGACAUAAGGAAUCAGAUAGGUCAGAUGGCCACCAGAAUCAACCGUUUGGAGUCCCAGAACCAAGGGAAGCUGCCAUCUCAACCGGAGUUGAAUCCGAAGAACGUGAGCGCAAUGACCCUAAGGAGUGGGAAAGAAAUUCAGGGGCCUGAACCUGUGAUUCCCAAGGACAAGGAUGAAGAGAAGAUCGAAAAUGAGCUCGAAAGGGAGGACAGCAAUGGUGCAGAUCCAAAGGUACUUCCUGACCCAAUAAUUACAGUUAAAACUAACCCGCCUCCUUUUCCUAGCAGGUUGGAAAAAUCAAAGAAACAGGAUAAGGAGAAGGAGAUUUUGGAGGUUUUUCGCAAGGUUGAGAUAAAUAUCCCCCUCUUAGACGCCAUCAAACAAGUACCAAAAUAUGCCAAGUUCCUAAGGGACUUGUGUGUCAACCGAAGGCGAUUGAGGGGAGAUGAACGGGUCAUAGUUGGGAAAAAUGUGUCUGCGGUCCUGCAGAGGAAGCUCCCACCAAAGUGCGGGGACCCAGGUAUGUUUACUAUUCCCUGUAAGAUAGGUAAUACUGUGAUCAGAAGGGCCAUGUUGGAUCUGGGAGCAUCAAUAAAUGUCAUGCCUAAAUCUAUCUAUGCUUCUCUAAAAUUAGGUCCAUUAAAAGAAACUGGAAUAAUCAUUCAAUUAGCUGACCGAACUAAUGCAUAUCUUGAUGGGUUGGUUGAAGAUGUGUUGGUAAAAGUUAAUGAUUUGGUGUUUCCAGCUGAUUUUUAUGUACUUGAUAUGGAUGAUGAUCACUCCCCUGAUCCCUCACCUCUGUUAUUGGGUAGACCUUUUAUGAGCACAGCACAGACGAAAAUUGAUGUUAAUAAGGUGCAGGAAGUAUUUGAAACUGAUGGCAGGGAUGAGCUGGAGACCACCACGAAGAGGUAUGAAGUCUUACCUAUUUUUACUCCCGAACCUCACCAGAGGGUGUUGCCAUCUGUGGUGCAGGCACCUGUACUGGAGUUGAAGCCCCUGCCAGAGCACUUGAAGUAUGCGUAUCUGGGUGACAAUGAGACACUCCCAGUGAUUAUCUCAUCGGCACUGUCAAAAACUCAGGAGGAGAAACUGAUCCGGGUCCUUAGAGAGCAUAAAGAGGCGAUAGGUUGGACAAUUGCAGAUAUUAAGGGGAUCAACCCGGCCAUCUGUAUACACCGGAUUAGGCUAGAAGAUGAUGCCAAACCUGUGAGGUGUAUAGAGACUAAUCUUGUGCUUAAUUGGGAAAAAUGUCAUUUUAUGGUUGAGCACGGGAUAGUCCUGGGUCAUAUUGUAUCGUCUAAGGGCAUAGAAGUUGACAAGGCUAAAAUAGACAUUAUUUCUGCAUUACCUUACCCCGCGAGUGUGCGGGAGGUGCGCUCUUUUCUUGGGCAUGCAGGUUUUUAUCGAAGGUUCAUCAAGGAUUUUUCAAAAAUUGGGGCCCCGUUGUUCCAACUCUUGCAAAAGGAUGUAGCCUUCGAGUUUGAUGAUAAGUGUGAGAGAGCCUUUAACAAGCUGAAGGAAUUGUUGACUUCACCCCCAAUCAUCCAACCCCCCGAUUGGAAUUUGCCAUUUGAGAUCAUGUGCGAGGCCAGUGAUCAUGCUGUUGGGGCUGUACUGGGGCAAAGAGUAGGAAAGGCGGCUCAUGUCAUCUAUUACGCAUCCCGGGCCUUGAAUGGAGCCCAGUUGAAUUAUUCCACCACUGAGAAGGAGCUUUCAUUGAGGUACCUAAUGACCAAGAAAGAUGCAAAACCGAGGCUCAUACGGUGGAUACUGCUCCUACAGGAAUUUGACUUGGAGAUAAGGGACAAAAAAAGCUCAGAAAAUCUAGUAGCGGACCAUUUGAGUCGCAUACUAGUUGAAGAGGAUAGCGAGCCAUUGAAGGAUGCCUUCCCUGAAGAACACUUAUUUUCCUUAAAUUCUCAGUUGCCUUGGUAUGCUGAUUUGGUCAAUUAUUUGGUAACUGGUAAUUUUCCUACAGGUUGGCUGAAAUCGAAGAGGGAUAAAUUGAAGAGCGAUGCCAAGUAUUUUAUCUGGGAUGACCCGUACCUAUGGAAGAGGUGUGCAGAUCAAGUGAUGCGGAGAUGUGUAAGUGAAGUGGAAUUCCAAUCGAUUUUAGCUUUUUGUCAUACUUUUACCUGUGGAGGUCAUUUCGGACCUAAGAGAACUGCUCAUAAGGUUUUAGAAAAUGGAUUUUAUUGGCCUUCAUUGUUUAAGGAUGCCUAUGUGUUUUGCAAGUCAUGUGAUCGCUGUCAAAGGGCUAAGGCCACUCGAACUAAUGACUCGAAAGUAGUUGCAGAUUUUAUCAGGUCUAAUAUUUUUGUGCGAUUUGGAAUGCCUAGAGCUAUUGUCAGUGAUAGGGGAACGCACUUUUGCAACAAAACUAUAGCUGCGUUGUUCCGCAAGUAUGGUGUACUCCACAGGGUCUCAACGUCAUACCACCCUCAGACUAAUGGUCAAGCGGAGGUGUCGAAUUGGGAGAUAAAGUCCAUUUUGGAGAAAAUGGUGCGCCCCGAUAGAAAAGAUUGGAGUCAACGGUUGGAAGAUGCACUCUGGGCCUAUCGGACGGCAUACAAGACACCUAUAGGGAUGUCUCCCUAUAGGUUGGUAUUUGGUAAGCCGUGUCAUCUUCCAGUAGAGUUCGAGCAUAAAGCAUUUUGGGCGGUUAAGCAAUGCAAUAUGGAUAUUGAGGAGGGCGGAAUCCAAAGGAAGUUACAAUUACAGGAGUUGGAGGAGAUCCGCAAUGAAGCUUAUGAGAAUGCGGUAAUUUAUAAGGAGAAAAGCCGGGCAUUUCAUGACCAAAAAAUUUCAAGAAAAACAUUUGAAGUUGGUCAGAAGGUCCUCCUAUACCAAUCAAGGCUUAAGCUAUUCCCAGUUGAAAUCCAAAGUGCUAAGACAGACAACAAAUUUGUGGUGAAUGGACACCGUCUCAAAUAUUAUUACGAAGGAUUUUCAGGAAGAGAGGGGGAGACAAUAAGGCUAGACGAACCACCGUGUCCUAAUCAGUGA